AGUGAUCCCGACAACGUCGCUUUCUGCGUGCUGGCCACCGACGAGGAGGAUGAGGGGGACAUUGCCCUGCAGAUCCACUUCACCCUGAUCCAGGCCUUCUGCUGUGAGAAUGACAUUGACAUCGUGCGGGUGAACGACGUGGCCAAGCUGGCUGCUAUCGUGGGGCCCAGCGAGGAAUCUGGGGAGCCGCGAGACCUCCACUGCAUCCUCAUCACGAACCCGAAUGAAGAUGGCUGGAAGGACCCAGCUCUAGAAAAAUUGAACUCAUUUUGUGAAGAGAGCCGAAAUAUCAAUGACUGGGUGCCAACUAUCACCCUGCCUGAGUGAUGGUGACCCAGUGCAUUGGGGAGGCUGAAACCUUUGUUGCAUUCUCAAUGUGGAGUGGGCUCACCGAAGUGUGCAACAAGCUGCUGAUUCCAUGGAUUAGCCUGGUCAAGAGACUGGAUUAAAGUCACUCAGACUGGCAUGCAGUGGGCUCUUAUGGAGGAGAAAGAACAGCUCGCCUCACCAGUGAGCCUUGGUAGACUGCAACCGUGGAGAGGCUGACAUACACCAUGGGACUGAAAGAAGUAUUGCAAGAUUCCUGGUCAAGUGGAGCUGUUUCAGAAGGCAGAGAGAAAGUUGAGGAAAGUGGGCCAAAACUUUCCAGGAGGACUGGACAGAGUACUGUAACUGAACUGUUGGUGCUGUCUACAAAACACAGAAGAAAGUUUGAACAUUUGAUGGACUACUAGGGACUGAUUACUAAGACAAAUACAGAGACUCCAAAGUGGACAGACUUCAACAGGCCUCUUGGGUCACUCUGCGGAACUGGUUUAAUAAUGCAAUAAUUUUUAUUGAAAUAUUUGCUGCUGUUGAAGCUUUCAUAAUAAAUUUUUGACAAUUAA